AGGACCAGGAGGCUGUGGUUUUCCAGUAGAUGAGCUCAGAUAGAAAAUCUCUUCUGAGGAACAGUUCCGACAUUCCCAGCAUGCGAAAUUGGCCUCUAUUUGCAUUUUUGGCAGGACUUGUAUUUUUCUUCUAUGUGUUCUACAUCUACCAAGCUCAAAGCACAGAAUAUGCUAUGGCUCGUAAUGAUUUAGAAGAACAGAUACAGAAAGUUAGAGCGUUGAAGAUGGAGGCGUUUGAGGCGAAAUCUGAAAGUGAACGUUUGAAAAAUUCCGAAACUGCUCUGAAACAGGAAAAAGAAAAACUCGUCCAGGAUAACGAAGUGUGUACAAACAAUCUACGAUCUUGCAAGCUCAACGAGAACACUCUCCAGUCACAAAUUGCAAAAAUGGAAGACGAGUCGGGCAGCAAGGAUCAAAAUUACAAGGAUUUACAAACUAGCUAUAAUGCUCUGAUGCAAGAAAAAGAAGAAUUGGUGAAGAAAGCUACAGAACAAGAGACUCUGGCACAGCAGUAUAAGGCUGAAUUGGACAAGGUACAAGCUGAAGUGAUGCGAUUGAGAGCUGCCGCUGGCGGCGGCAACGUAGCAGCCCAACCAUUCGUUGGGGGAGCAGUAGGCCCUAACGGUCCCUUGGGAGGAGCAGUUGCAGCAGCUGGUGCCGGAGCUGCACCUGCAGGCGCAGGGGUAGCAGGAGCAGCAGGAGCUGCUGGAGCCGCUGGAGGUGGAGCUCAACCCGCAAAUCCUAUAGCAGACGUAGACGCAGGCGCUGGAGCUGCAGCCGCUGCUCCUGCAGCGGGAGCACAGGCAGCUGAUGCUGCAGCCAUGGCAGCGGACAAGGGCAAUGCUCCAGACGAUGAUGCAGACGGCGCCGCGGACAACAACGUUGAUAGGCCACAAAGAGCGUUGAAUAUGAAUGCGAAAGCUGAAUCUGAAGUGAAUGCUCGACAAGUCCCUGUUCCUCGAAAUUUGGGAAACCUGCUUUCUCCAGCAAAAACAGGUUUGGCAGAUAAGGAAUAUGAGAAUGAAGAAAAGAAGGACGAACCCCAAGUGGUUGCACCACCUCAGCAUCCUGGAGAUCGCGUCAAGUUGGCAGUUGCAGCAGAUGAUGUGGACAAACCUGUUGUAAAAGAUGGCGCCUACGAUGACAAAUUAGCUAAAUUGAAUUACUCGACGUCAAAAUAAUUUUGAAAAACUUCCCAAAAUCAGAUGUCGAAAAAGGAAUCGGUGAUGAUGUUCAGGCUCCACAAUAAAUGUCUGCCCUCAACUCUGAAUGUAUUUGAUUCCUCUACUCAAAAUGCCAAUGUACCCUUGUAUUUCUGAGUCACAUUUAGUGCCGUGUGAGCUGUGAUAUUAUUUAUGUGUUUCCUUCUACCAAUGCAAUUAUUAUGUAUUUCAUUGUUGCAUUUUUGCUUCACUUAGCAUUAAUCUUGUUUGCGUUUUUUUCGAUAAUAAAUGAUUUUACUUCAUCUU